UCCUCCAUGCUAUCCCUACUGCAGGGUGUCGUCAAGAUUGGGCCGUGGGGCGGCGAAGGAGGGCUCCACUGGGACAUCCCGGCGAUGGCGACGCCGCUGCGCCUGGAUAGCAUCACCGUCUGCAGCAGCCUCGCGGUCGUCGACGCCAUCUCCUUCCGCUACUGGGACGCGCAGGGCGUGAAGCACGACGCCGGCCCGUGGGGCGGGAACGACGGCGACCCGUACGUCAUUGCUCUUGAGCCUUCCGAGUUUCUGACGGAGGUCUCGGGGACGUUCGCCUACAUCGGCACACAGCCGACGGACGCCGUGACGUCGCUCACCUUCGUCACCAACCUCAGGAAGCAUGGCCCUUUCGGGGAUGUGGACGGGACCCCCUUCAGCGUCCCGGUGCGCGACGGCGGCAGGAUUGUCGCUCUGUUUGGACGCGGCUGGGAUUACAUCGACGCCAUUGGGGUCUACGUCCGUGCCUUAGCUGGAUCGUAA